AUGCCAUCGCUGGUGCUGCAAGAGUCGGCUGUAGGCGCUCCUGAGAAUGGUCCUCACUCGGUAGCAGCGGCACUCCUCGACCACAAGCCCGUCCUCGUGGCUGCCGUGGGCGACAGAGUGGAUCUUUUGGAUGAGGGAUGCAAGCUCGUGCAGGGCUUGCUGCUCGAAGAGGCGUUUCCGGGACAGGCGGGCGAGGGAAAGGUCGAUGCGGUCGCAGUGGACGUCUCUUCGGGACGGAUCACGGCUGUCUCACGGCGACGGAUAGCCGUUUGGACGAGCGGACGAGGGCAGUCCUGGCGGAUCCACUCGAGUUUCGCUGUGUCGCACGACGUGCAGGCCAUCGACUUUGUCAAGGGCAUGAUCGUCGUUGCGGGUGAAGCAGCGACUCUCUGGUCUCUCGACGAGCGGGGCGCUCUGCCGGUCUGGACGCGCGUCGGGUCGCUGCCGCCGAACCGACUAGUCUCGCUGGCUCGAUUGUCCCCCUCGGCACUCGUCCUCGCUACGGUGGCGCCGACCAGCAGCACCGUCGUGCUCAUCAAUGUCCUCCCCGCAUCCUCGACAUCCGCCAACCGCCUCUCCUUCCGCUCUCGCGCCAUCCACUCUGUCCGCAUUCGCAGCGUCUCGUGGCGUCCGAGCGACGACAUCGCAGACUCCGGUCCAGUCCUCUUCACCCAGACCAUCGACGGCGUCUUCCGCGUCUGGGGCUGCGUGAUCGACGAACCCGACUUUUUUUCGCUAUGGACUUCGCUUGAUGUCCAUUCGACGCUGCCGAAGCAGCUCCCUCUCGCGACGUUGUACUGGCGGACUCGGCCGAUGGAGCGGACGCAGCAUCCUGAGCGAGGCGGGACGGAGGAUGACUUUGUGACCGUCUUCUCUGACGGGUCUGUACACCUGACGACUGUCUCGAAUUUCGACUGCCGACCACCAACCUGCCUGACGCAGACAACGGAAGUCCUGCAGGAGAACGUUUUCCAGCCGACCGAGCUACCCAACUUCCGCUACCCGCACCUCCUCCCAUCUCGCAGCGAUCCAGCUUCGUUCCACCUCAUCGGCCGCUCUUCCCGCGGCACCUUCGUUCACUCCCGCGCGACAGUGCCAACAUCGCGACUUAUCGCAGCGACGAAGCCGGUCUUCCACGGUUCGCCUGUCGCACCGUCAGUCAGCGUUGUCGGCCGGAUUCGCCAGCUUCGACCGACGCUGAAAGGAGACGGCGAGGCGGUUCUUGUGCUGGGAGAGAACGGGCGGAUACAAAGCUGGGAGAUGGGUGACGACGAGGUUGUGACGGAAUCAUUCGUAGCGGACGCGCAUCUGCCUCCUGAUGCGAAGAUCGCGACAUGGCGAGGAGGUCGAGUGAUAGCAUCUGCGUCAGGCGACCGGGUCCAGGUUCUCAAGUUCCGCCGCUCGGGUCAACUACGCUUCAUUACCGCCGCCAAGUCACCAGUCUCGAUGGACGACGCCCUGACCUUUUUCGUCGUCCGCACGAACGAAGACUCACUCAGCACGACCAUUGUCGGCGUCACCUCCGAGUCGGUCAUCCGCACCUGGAUCUACCACUACCCGUCGAAGAGCCUCACGGACGGUCCCUCUCACGACUUGGGCGCGACUCGCUACACCCUCGCUUCGCCUGUUCCAAUCGAGCCCGGCUUGGAAGUUGUCGACGAGGUUUCGGUCGUACUGCUUGACGAGGAGGGCACGCUGCAUCGCUGGUCGACGCGCUUGUCCGAGCCGUACGAGGGGUGGUACCCGGAUGGGACGGUCAAGACGGGACUAAAGAAGGUGCAGGCGAUCGCGUGCAGCUGGGAUGGGACGUCGGCGUUCGUCUCGCUCGAGGACGACGACCGACCACGACUCUCGAUUUGGAAUCCAAAGGCGUCCGAAUUCAGCUCAGGCGAGCAGUUCUCGCAAGCACUCGACGACCCCCUCGUCAAGCUCGAAUGGUCGGUCGACGGGCGAACUCUCGCGGUUGCGGCAGCAAAGGAGGUCUCGCUCUGGUGUGCGCAACGGCUAGACGACCUGACAGGACGACCGAGCUGGACGACCUAUGCGACCGUGCGGAUAGACGACGUCUUGCCUGCGCCCAUCACGAACGUCCGCUGGCUUGCAACCGGUCUCGCCGUCGCGGCAGCAGACCACCUCUUCUUCUAUUCUUCGAAGCUCGACGCAGGCCAUCAAGACGCACAUCGACUCGCGGCGAGCCUCUGUGCCCCUCUGCCGCUCCAUCACCCUCAACUGCUGUUCCAGGCUCUCCUGCAAGGCCUCUUCGACGUCGUCGUCAAAGUGCUCGUUGGCCUCGCAGCCGAGCUCACGAUGGACGGACACCUCACGCCCGUGCCGAUGAAGGAGGGCGUGCAGAAGCUUACGCUCGACGCCUUCCUUCGAAACCCGCAUCGCAGUACCAAGAAGAAGAGCGCUUCGCAUGACAUCUUUGCCGCUCUCACCACCUCCGGCUCCUCCUCUUCCUCAUCCGAACCGCGUCCCUCUCUCUCCGCCGACGACGUUUCGCGACUCUUGGCUGCAUUGCGCCGUCGCUCCCUUCAUGGCCUCAACAAGCUCGACCACGAGCAUCUCGCCGUCCUAGUUCAGACCGUCUUCGAGACACAAAGUCGCACGCUCGCACUCGACGACAACGGCGUCCGUUUCCUCAUUUCGAUGCGAUCCUUCUUCCUCUACAACACGUCGCCUGCUUCUCCGCCCUCUUCUACACCCUCCGGCAAUCAGAAGCCGACGCCUCGCCUGCAGUACCGCGACAUGGUCUGGGCAUUCCAUAGCGAGAACCAGGACGUCUUGCUCGAGGAAUGCACGAAGGCAAGCGGGGGAAAGCUGACGUGGGCCGCGGCGAGGACGCUGGGCGUCGCGCUGUGGCUGAAGUCGCCCGAGGUCUUGGUCCGCACCAUCGAGUCGAUCGGCCGUACCGAGUUCAGCAAGCCCGACGCAGAAGACCGCGACCCAAUCUCGGCGAUGCUGUUCUACCUCGCGCUCAAGAAGCGACACAUCGUCACGACCUUCUGGAAGCAGGCCAGCGGGCACGCCGAGCAACGCCAGAUGAUCAAGUUCUUGUCGAACGACUUUGACGAGCCGAGGUGGAAGUCGGCGGCGCUGAAGAAUGCGUUUGCAUUGAUGAGCAAGCAGCGCUUCCUUUUCGCCGCUGCCUUCUUCCUCCUCGGCGGCAGUCUCAAAGAUGCCGUCAGCGUUUGUAUCCGUCAACUCGACGACUUCCAGCUUGCAAUUGCGCUCGCGCGGACGUACGAAGGGGGCGACGACGGACCUGUCUUGCGAUCGUUACUGGAGGAGACGGUCGUUCCGCUGGCCUUUGCGAAGGGCUAUCGGUGGCUUGGGAGCUGGGCAUUGUGGAUGCUGGGCAGGCGGGAUCUGGCGGUACAGAUUAUCGUCACACCGCUUUCCGACCUCGCCACUCGCCUGCCGUACAAGUUACCCGUCGUCUCGAGCCCGGCGCGCGAAGACCCGGCACUUGUCUUCCUGUUCGCCCAGCUGCGGAGCUGGUCGCUCCAGACGGUCAAGGGUGCGAUCGCCGUGCCCGGCAAGACCGAGUUCAACUUUGUCUUGCACAUCUCGCGCAUCCUGUGCCGCAUGGGUUGCCACGUUCUCGCUCUCAACCUCCUGCGCACCUGGCAAUUCGCGCCGCCCUCUGCCUCUGCCGCCCCUUGUCGACCUUCUCUCCUCGGCGCCCACACUCGCCGGCACUCUCUCCUCCUCAGCUCAACCAAACUCGACAUCUCACUCCCGCCAUCCAACAUGCCCAGCCGAGUCGCCUCUCCCGCGCCGGUCCAAGCAGAAGGCGAGGACGCAGAGGAAAGGGAGAGGCAGCGGAAGCAGUUCAGGGAGGUCGUCAAGACGGUGAGGGUCGAGGCGAAGGCUCCCGCCGAGUUCUCGUUCGACGCCUUUAACUUCUAG